AUGAUGCCCGCCGUGCUCCAAACUGGCCUCCGUUUUAGUCCAGUGCAGCCCCUUGUGGGAUCCAUAAAUGUUCAAAUAUUACACCUCAUCCUCAUACCGGCGAGGGUAAAUUUCAUAGAGCGAUCGCUGCAUGUGCGCUUUAUGAGGCCUUGAUGACAGAUAACAUGGACACGUACGCUGAAGAAUACGUCAUGCAUAGAUAAAGCGUGCUUCUGCGUGUGUGUGGGUGGGUGGGUGGAGACCAACGCGGACCUCGAUCUCCCGCCAUCUCUCCAGGAAACCAUCAGGGCCGUGCAGCAGCUCUCCAGCGGGAAAGCACCCGGAUCAGACGCGAUCCCUGCUGAGGUCUACAAGCAUGGAGGUCCCCAACUGAUGGAUCACCUGACUGAGCUCAUUGAGCAGAUGUGGCGUCAAGGUGAAGUCCCGCAAGAUUUCAAAGACGCAACAAUCGUGCACCUAUACAAGCGAAAAGAGAACCACCAAGUCUGCGAAAAUCACCGCGGCAUCUCCUUGCUGAACAUCGCCGGGAAGAUCUUCGCUCGCAUCCUCCUCAAUCGUCUGAGAAACCAUCUGGAACAGGGCAUUCUACCGGAAAGCAAGUGCGCUUUCCGAUGUCAUCGCGGGACCACGGAUAUGAUCUUCGCCGCCCGUCAACUUCAGGAGAAGCGUCAGGAGAUGCGGACCCACCUGUACUCUACCUUCGUGGACCUGACGAAAUCCUCCGACACGGUGAAUCGCGAAGGACUGUGGAAGAUCAUGCAGGAAUUCGACUGUCCGAAGUGA